UCUUAUUUUGUAAUGUUUACCCAGUACCAAUAUUGUCCACUUUGCCGUUUAAAUCACAAGAAGAAGAGGAAGCACAUUUAUUCAACAAGACACCAAAAUGUAGUUGAUAAUAUAUUGGAAAAGUACUUUAAAAAGAUAACCGAAGCUAGGGCCUCUUUAGAAUCACCUCAGAUUCAUAAUGCACAGUUUGAAAGAGGGGCCAAGUUUUGGUGCCAUUUCUGUGUAGAAGAGUAUCUUAGACACAUGGAGUUAGACACCUGCACUGUCAGAUUUGGUGGUAUUAUUGAACACAUCGCAGGAUAUGACCAUAAGAGGAGGAUGUACAGUUUCUUCUAUGAAAACAGAGUGGAUGAGAGCAAAAGGCACCCAAAUCUAUUCCACAUGUCAGAGGAAGACCUGAAAAAGUUUCAAGAAAAAGUUGCCAUUUCUGCCAAGAAAUUUGAUACUGGUAAAGGGAAAGAAAUAGAAAAGUCGGCAGAGAGGAUUAGAAUCGCUGAGGCUGUCAGGAAACAGAUGAUGCAAUCUCAACAAUUCACCAAGCCACAGAUUAUAGAGAGUACACACUCUGACAGAAGCACUCUGAACUAUAUCAAUCCUGGAGCUGUUAUAGAGAAAAAGGCCACCCUGCUAGCCAAAGGAGAUGGGGUGACAUUUAUUGGUAGUCAUACAUACAACAGAAAUGAGGGCAACAUUCACUCUGGGGCUGCUCCUCCAUGGAUGUUGUCCACAGAUAAUGAGACAAAAAGUAGCGAGAUAGGCCCAACAAUGGACACCUACAAAGCCCACGUGGAAAGAGAGAAGAAGAAGAAACUUCCUGCUAACCGUGUGGGUGCCAAGUUUGACCACCAACAGAGCACGGAUCAAUCAUGGCUGCCAUCGUUUGGACGAGUUUGGAGUAAAGGAGGCAGACAGCAAUCAAAAAAGUAUUUCCAGAGACUGCACUCCACAAAGAAGGUGUCAGCCAUUUCCACCCAUUCAGCAACCAAGACGUUUACGACCACUGGAACUGUUUUAUCCACUAUAACUCACGAUGUUGCAGAUGACAAAAGUACAGUGAACAAUCGGGGUAAUCAUUUCAAUGGUGGGUGUUCAUUUCUUUCCGAUCAAGACCCAAAUUCCACACAAUUUUUGCAAGUUGCCAUGAACAUGGAAAAUCAGAGUGACUCAUCUACAUUUCCAAGUUAUAAUGGACGUGGAAUCAAUGGAACCGUGGAAAAUUCUGCAUUCAUCGCAAGAAAUGUCAAACCUUACGUGAAAAAACAUCGGACUGAAAAUUCAACAUCAGUCAGUUCAGUAAAUGUUGAUUCAUAUGCCCUACAUAAUGACUUCUAUGCAUUUCAACUUAAGAGUCAAAGUGGUGAGGAUUUUUCCGUUAUGAAUCAUUCAUCCGUGUCUAGAAAUGCGAAACCAUACAUUAGAAAACGACAUGCAGAAGAGACAGGGUCAUUGGGUUCAAAACCCGUAGAUUUUAUCCCUGUAAUACCAACACCGAUUUUGAACAUUGAAACACAUUCCUCAGCUUCAAAACUGAAGAAGUUUUUCUGAUUAUAUUUCGUUUGUUUUGUUUGUGAAUUUAUUGUCUGAUUUUUAAAGAAAAGAAAGCUUC